AUGCCCAAGUCGAAACGUAAAGUACUUGUUCUUCGCUAUUUUUUCAAUAAUGAUGAUUUUUUAAUGAAGCGAAACGAAAUUCGUCCUGCUCAUUUAUCAUAUCUUCGUCAACAUUCAAAACAAAAUGGUGGCCAUGUUGAAUUCAAGGUUGCUGAAUCAUUAAAUACGAAGAGUUUUUAUUGGCCUUUAACAACACAUCAAAAUGAAAUGAUCCAAUUCAUGCAAGAAGAUCCAUAUUACACAGAAGGACUUGUUCAAGAUGUGACCAUUUAUCCACGUACAAUUAUUGAGAAAAUUUCAUCAUAA